CGGCACUGUUUACCGGUGGACUAGAUUAGAUUCUUUCAAGGCUUAAGAGCCUUCGGCCGACCGUGACGAGCAUGGGUAAGUGCGUGUGGAUGUUGAGUGUGGUGGUGCUGUGGGCGGCAAACGGGGGGGACGGUCAUGGGCGGCUGCUAAAGCCUGCCUCUCGCUCAUCAGCGUGGAGGAUGGGCUUCCCUACACCAGUCAACUACAACGACAACCAUAUCGACUGUGGCGGCCUCGCAGUGCAGUGGAACCAGAACGACGGCAAGUGUGGAGUAUGUGGCGACAACUGGGCCGACCCCCAGCCCAGGGACAACGAGGCUGGUGGCGCCUUCACUAUAGGCUACAUCGUCGCCAACUACACCAGGGCACAGGAUAUGAUCAUCUACGUGGACCUCACCUCCAACAACCUGGGUUACUUUGAAUUCCGUCUGUGUGUCAACAACGACGUCACCAAGAUCAUCACACAGGAGUGUCUAGACGAGCACCUCCUCGAGCACGCUGACGGCUCCGGCACCAGACUCUACAUUCAACCAGAUGACCAGCCUUGGCACAACACCACCGUGAAGCUGCCAGAUGACGUGGUGUGCUCCCAGUGUGUUCUCCAGUGGCACUACUAUACAGGUAACAACUGGGGCGACUGCGGUAACGGCACCCAGGCACUCGGCUGUGGGCCCCAGACCACAUACCGCGCCUGUGCUGAUAUCGGCAUUUACUAGAAGCUUUCCUUGUGUCCUACAGUGAUAUCAACACACCGUAAAUUGACUUUUAUCGAUAUUAAUGUAUUAUUAUUUGUUGAUUCAUCACCAUAAAGUCAUCUAAUGAUUCUUAGUGAUAUCAGGACCCCGUAAAUGGACGUUAAUCACUUGUUACUAUCUUAAUUCUUAAUGUUAAAUGUAUGUACCAACCUAGGUUAACCUUAGUUGCUAAAGCACAGCAGCAUAUUAAAACUAAUUAAUAUACCGUCCUCUGUCAUUAUGCAUCACAUUUGAUGUCUCGCUGAAUUUCUAGAAAUUAUUAUUUUUUUGGUGUUUUGUAUCUUCAAGGUGGAGCUUUCUCGACUUUGGCUGUUAACUCAUCAUUCUUGAUUAACUUUGUUCAUUUUAUAUUGGCACCUGAUCUCUUAAAAAUACAUUAUUUUCAUGUGUUUGUAACGUGAUUCUUCAAGAUGGACACUUUCUCCAGACUUCCUUAUGAGUAUCUAUCAACCUUCCUGGUCAAAUAAAUGAAUAAAAACAACCCUGUUAUCAUAAGACCCAUUAAAGUGUAUCAUUCGU